AUGGCUCAAGGAUUGCCAGUAUUCCCAUCAUUCAAUGUCACUGAAACAGCAGUGGACAGUCGCUGGAAAAAGUGGUUAGGUCGACUAGAAAUCAUGCUAGUUGACGUCGAGGAAACGUUUGACGCUGCCAAGCAAGCACUUACCAAGUAUUUUGCACCCAAGAAAAGUAUUGAGUUCGAAGUGUACAAGUUUCGACAGGCAAAGCAAGAACCUCACGAAAACUUGGACAGUUUCCACACACGACUCAGAAAGCUUGGAGAACACUGCGAGUUUGCAAAUACAGACAAGGAAAUUAAGUCACAAAUCAUACAAGGCAAAAGCGAAAACCAAACCAUCGUCAACAACGACAGUCUACCAACACUUACCGUCAGUCACAACAGAAAACACGAAGCUGCAGAAACUGUGGUGGAAAUUGAACUCAAAAGGCUCGAAGACAUGGAUAUAAUCGAAAAGGUAGAUGGACCAACAGACUCGGUAUCACCGAUUGUCGUAGCACCGAAACCGAAGAGCAAAAACAAUGAAAUACGACUUGAAGGUGUACAAAACAUCAGCGAUGACAUAAUCGUGUAUGGCAAUUCGCAGGAGCAACACGACAGUAGACUGGCAGCCGCCCUACGACGUCUACAGGAAAAAGGCCUCACACAGAACAAACAGAAAUGUGAAUUCAACAAGAAAACGCUUGAAUUCUUCGGCUAUAUAUUCAGUGAAAACGGAUUUUCUGCUGACAAGAAAAAGUGUGAAAUAAUCAAAAACACACCUGCUCCACAAAACGCAUCAGAAGUACGAAGCUUCCUCGCAAUGACAAACUAUGUCUCCAGAUUCAUACCAAACUACUCCUCAACGACAGAACCUUUCCGAAUGCUCGUGAAGAAAGAUGUCAAAUUCGUUUGGGAAGAAAGACAGCAAAAUGCUUUUGAUAAACUCAAAUCGGAUCUAAGCAGUGAAACUGUAAUGACAUAUUUCGAUCCAAAAUUGACAACACAAAUUGUUGCAGAUGCAAGCCCCGUAGGCAUAGCAGCAAUCAUGCUGCAAGGAGGGAAAGUAGUUAGCUAUGCAAGCAAAUCAUUAACAGAUACCGAGAAAAGGUACUCUCAGACCGAGAAAGGAAACUUAGCUAUCGUAUGGGCAAUUGAACACUGGCAUAUAUACCUCUUUGGAAACAAAUUCACCGUCAUAACAGACGCAAAGGCGCUUGAACACAUAUACAAAAACCCGAAGUCCAAGCCGCCAGCCAGACUGGAACGGUGGCGAAUGAAAAUGCAAGCCUAUGAUUUUGAUGUCAUAUACAAGCCAGGUGAAUCAAACAUGUCAGACUACCUAACAACUGAUAAAAACUCCAGGGAACCACUUCAAAUGACUGAAAUGCCAAAACAGGCAUGGGAUUCAGUGAGCAUGGAUUUCUGUGGACCAUUUCCUGAUCGAAAAUAUCUUCUUGUUCUGAUUGAUGACUUUUCAAGAUUCCCAAUUGUUGAAAUAAUAACAUCUCUUAAUGUAAAAUCAGUUAUUGAGAAGCUUGACAAAAUAUUCUCAGAAUAUGGAAUACCUGAAGUACUGAGAACUGACAAUGGACCGCCGAUGAAUAGUGCAGACUUUCAAAACUUUUCUAAACAAUUUAGUUUUAAACACAGAAAAAUAACCCCUAUCUGGCCUCAAGCAAACGGAGAAUGCGAGCGUUUCAUGAAAACAAUAGGAAAAGUAAUUCGUGCAGCAAAAACUCAAAAAGCAGAUUGGCACACAGACAUGUAUGCAUUCAUACUCAACUAUAGAGCUACAAAACAUGCGACUACAAAAUACAGUCCAGCAGAACUAUUAUUUGGAAGACAGAUUAGAAUAAAAUUACCAUUUGCACCAUCGAAACCUUCAAAGAAAAAUGUGCAAGUCAAAGCUCGUGAAAAUGACGCAUAUCAAAAAGCUAAAAUGAAAUCGUACGCGGACGCAAAACGGCAUGCAAAGCCGGCAACAUACUCUGUACUUGUCAAACAACACAAAACAAACAAGUUCUCCUUCAAGUCAAUCACCCGCAAUUCGUCCUUUUUCAAGCUGAUAAGGCUACAAGACUCCGACAGCGAGGACGACUUCGACGACUUCUACCGUCCUGGCACUGUACGUACGGACGAACAAGAGCCUUCACAACCGAGACGUUCAUCGCGAAAUCAAAACCCCCCAGAACGUUUCAAGACUUUGUGA